GCGCGCCGAAUCGCCUCUUUGCACGUUCUAUACGCCAAAAUCAUUAAAAACACCGUUUUGUAUUAAUAAUUCCUAAUAAAUCUGGUGUGUAUCAAUAUUCGUCAUAUUUCGAUACGUUGUUUGUGAUUCGUUGAGAUCAAUUGUGACAAAUCGGUGGGCAAUUUCCAAUUAUGAUUUUCGUGUUACUGUGAAGUACCUAGAUUUAUACCUGAUUCGUGCUUACCAAUGUGGUUUUGAAUUCGAGGAAAAUGGAUGUCAUGUCUAGAGCACACGUGUGGUGGAGGUGAGAGAUGUGGGCGCGGUGGGCGGCGCUGGCGUUGGUCACGUGCGUGUGCGCCGCGCCCGCCGACCCGCCGCACGCGCUCCAGCAAUGUGACACCCUGAAUCUGAGGAGGCCACCGCCGUUACCCACAAAUAUACGUGAAUAUGAGGCUGCCGUUGUCCAAAUAGCCCGUGCGUUAUCAGAGCUGGUAGACCAAGGUGUGGCUGAUGAAGCCAGAGCUUCAGCUCUGGCUAGAGCAGCAGCCAGAACUCCUCUCCACCCACCGCCAGCUGCUGUUGCGCUUGGAGCUCCGCAAUUACAUCUAGGAAUCUUAUACAUAUCGGAACCCGCUCGCCUCGUUGUCUUUCAACAGAACAACUCUGUCACAUUGCAGCCGUUCUGGCGUACGCUGGCUUCCGCUUGGAAUGCUAGUGUUGUCAUGUGGUCCAAUGCUUGGUAUUCCUGUGAAGGAGAGCCAGGUUGGUGGGGUGGAACGGCAGCAGCUAGGGGAGUGGGUUCCACGAGGGCAGCGGCUGCACUUUUCCGCAGUUUACCAACAUUACCGUGUGAAGACGCUAUGAAUGAGUGGCUGGGAGGGACACCACUGUGCGAUACAAUGACAACUGCUUGCGAGGCUCUUCCCGGAAGUAAUGAUCAGAAGUUGGAGUACCAAUGUAAAUGCCGUUCCAAUCACUGGCACCAAGAAGGUGGUGGCUGGUUAUCUCGUCUUAAAUUAAUGGAGAUCGGGAAGCUGUCUUGCACGCCUUGUGGAUUCGGGAGUAACGCCACAGCCUGCUUACCAGACACCUAUAGAGCAGCUUUAUUAGCUGCAAAUCUUACCGGAAUGCUUACAUGUCUCAUCAUUGGGCUUAUUAUCUUUAAAAAGAGAAAAUGCAAGGCAGUUGCAAUGGGGAUGUGGACUGUUUUAGAAGUUAUUCUCCUCGGAGCAAUGUUCAUGUACGGCUCGGCAGCCGCACAAUACAUACCUGGGGCGCAAUGGCGCUGCAUAACAGGUGCAUGGCUACGAGAACUUGGUUUCGUGGCGUGCUACGGUUCCGUCGUUCUCAGAUUAUGGGUUUUAUUAGCCGAAUUUCGGACUAGGAAGGCACAUAGAUGGACUCCUAGAGAUGCGGAGGUCUUACGGAUAGUAGCAGCCAUGUUGAUAGGCGCUAGUUGCUAUCUGGCAGCUUUUACAGCGACUUCCGCCUGCGAAGACGACAUCGGGGGUGGAUGCGCAAACCCCGCCUGGCAUCACGUCACAGCUGGAGCCGAGAUUCUAUUGCUGAUAGCUGGUCUUCGGAUAGCACAUGCAGCGAGGAAUGCCAAUGUGCCCUUUCAGGAACGAGGGUGGCUAGCUUCUGCCCUAUGGGUAGAGGGCGCCAGUGGUCUCGCUUGGCGUCUAGCGGCUAUUUCGGGGGCAGCUCCUGAGAGGUCACCCCUUGUAUCAGCAGCUCGAGCACACUUAUCAUCGGGCGCUGCUUUGGCCUGUGUGCUGGCACCACGUUUGUGGCAUGGAUAUCGGGCUAGGUCGCUUGCUCAGGAAGUGUCACGUCGAGGUCCUGCAGAAGGCUUCGGCGCUGAAGCCGAAGAAGAGCCUACGUCGGAGGAAGUCAGGGCCGAGCUGAAAAGGCUUUACGUCCAGUUGGAGUUAUUACGUAAUAAAACCUUGCGCAGAGACAACCCUCACAUCAGCAAGAGGAGAGGCGGGCGAAAACCGCCUCAUCGUCGAUUCUCUUUACAAGCGCUCCAGGCACGGCGUGGGGGUAAAAACAAGGCAAGUGGUAUUGAAGUUAGUGAAGCAGGGGACGCUUCAAGGACACCAGAAGACUCCGUGUGCUCAGUUGAAGGACCAUCACAUUUCACUGACGUUGAUACUCAAGCGUGACUUACAUCAUUCUUAUUAAGAUGGUAUUAGUGCUACUAAAGAGUGUAUAAGUUUAAUUUGCACCCAUAGCAUGAACAAUAUGUUGUUGAAUUGUUAACCUUCUAGAAUAGCAAUAAUAAUUUUGUAUUGAAAGACUGUUGUCAGUCGUAUUUUGAACUAAAUUGACUUUGUUUCUCAUGUUUCCAAUUUCCUUUAUAUUAUUUUACGAUCUUUCCUUAUACAUUAUGAAACUCAUGGGUCUUUAACCUUGAAUACUAUGCAAUAGGUGUAACCUACGAAAUUAACCAAUCAACCUCAAUCGAAUUUGUAUGAUUUAUAGAACGGGGGCAAACGGGCAGGAGGCUCACCUGAAAUUAAGUGUUACCGACACCAGUGGACACACACUGCCAGAAGUGUGUGAGUCUCGCAACGGUAUUGCCGGCCUUUUAAAAAAAUGACCACGUGACUAAGCGUGAGCUAAUGUCAUUUAUAUUGGUCAAUUUAUAUAGGUCACGCCUGUUGCAAUAUCUUGGCUAGAUUAGUUAGUUAAUGAUGUCAGAACCGAAACAUGUCAAAAUAAUGUUUUCGUUUUAUCUGAUGGAAUAUAAAACAUCCUCGUUUUUUGAUGUUACAAGCAAAGUUAUGCAGCCGCAAUCCUUAUCAUAUUAAUUCGAUUUUGUUCACAUUUUAAAUAACAUCUAAAUAGUGUCUAAUUAACAAAACCUUAAUGCGUGCAUAAAUUAUGCAUUAUAAUUAAAUUAAUUAAACAAAGCCUUAUAGACCGUAUAAAAUUUCCGCAAGGUCUCACACACUAGCUCAAUUUAUUAUUGUAUUUACUUUAAGUUCUAAAUUGAUAUCUGUUAUACGAGACUUUGUUUAAUAUCUUAAUAUAUAUAUAGGGUUUUGAUCCAUGUCGACCAAGUGUGGAUUGGGUAAUAUAUGAUAAAUUAAUUCUUCGACGGCAUUUAUAAAAAAACUGUGAAUAAAAUUAUAAAAUUUAUAGUGACCCUGAGUAAUUUUUGUGUAAUUAUAAUUUUGGUUUCUAGUCAUUUCAUUUAGUUGGUAACAUAGACGAUAGACAGACCACUGUGUAUAAAUGGUUAAAUUUAAAUUUGUGGUUUCCAUUGUAUAACGCGCACAUAAUCCAUUAAAUUUAUAGUUGUUAGAUUAUGUACGUUGUAAUAUUUGUUAUUGUUACUGUUAUGUUAUUUGGAUUAUUAGGUAAGUCAAAGCAAUAUUAGUAUAAUGUAUAAAAUUUUAUUUCAAGUUAGUGGUUUUAUACAUUGUGUUCGAAAAAAUAUUGAACUAAUAUUUUUGUUAGUUCUGCCGUUCUCUUGUACGUUUUUGUGAUUUUUAAAUAUAUAUUUAUCACUGAUGUAUAGGAAUAAGUUUAAGCGCCACAUGUGUACUACUACUAGACUACCUUAUUGUUUAACAUCAAGACAACAUUUCAAUGUUCAACAUUUUGAAAACACAUUUUUAUAGAGUAUCGUAACUUUGUUUUAUUCUAAUAUAACAUAUAUAACGUUUUAUAAAACCCAAUUUUUUUAAAUCAUAAUAAAUAAAACAAUAAUUAAUGUAUUGAACAAAUAAUUUUUCGAAAUAUUUCUAAUCAAAAACUUUGAGAUUAGUAAUGCUAUGUCGAACUUUAAAGCUUAACUUAUAAUAAUUAUACAUGAACCAUUCCAAAAAUAAUUUAUAACUUACUCAACCAACCUGCAAGGUUAAAGCAAACAUGAGAUAAUGAAAUAAUUUACUAAAAUAUUCGUGCCGUUUUUAAUUUUGUUGUCAAGGGCAUUACUAGUCUCAAAUCGUAACUAGUAUAAAUCGAACGUGUAAAGUAAUAUAACAUAUUUCACUUACUAAACAAUUAAACAUUUUUGAUAAGGCAAGACCCUCUUAAUGACUCUUCUUUUAUACAAACAAUAAUUUUCUUACCUAUUAAUCUAAAUAGCUGAACUAGUCAACAACUACGGCUACACUUCCGAAAAGAUAUGUUAACGUUCUCUUAGUUAGCUCGUAGUUUAUGAACCAUAAGUGUUUAUAAGUAUAGGAUAAAUAUGUAAAUAUAAUUAAUAUUAUAAAUAAAAUGUUCGGUGGCAGUUUGUUAAUUUUUGAAGCUUAAUCUGUGCGAUAAGGUGUCAAUGUUAUUGAAAAUUUAUGUUUAAAUAAAAUUGUA